UCUAUCUGUUAUAUUACUGCUUGGCUGGGGAAGUGCCACGGUGUCCAACAGAGGUGAACGUUACAGUAGUUUGUGUUGUGACAGUGGUUGUGAGAUAGAGUCCGCUGUGCGUUUUAUUGUUUGCAUUUAUUUUCCUUCAAGGAUCAUUAUAUGAAAACUCCAAUCUGGAUCGCAGCGCUAACAACAGGAAGAAGAUAGAGGAAUUCUCUAGGUCUUCUCGUGACAAACUGGUCCAGUCGAAGAACAAAAUGUUCUCCAAAUUUACAUCGAUUCUACAGCACGCAGUCGAGGCGCUUGCGCCUUCACUGCCCUUGCAGGAGGACUUUGUGUAUCACUGGAAAGCCAUCACACAUUACUACAUAGAGACAUCAGAUGACAAAGCACCUGUGACAGACACCAACAUCCCGUCCCAUCUGGAGCAGAUGCUGGACAUCCUGACGCAGGAGGAGUCAGAGAGAGAGUCUGGAGAGACUGGGCCCUGCAUGGAGUACCUGCUGCACCACAAGAUCCUAGAGACCCUCUUCACCCUGGGCAAGGCCGACUGUCCUCCGGGAAUGAAGCAGCAGGUUCUGAGUUUUUACACCAAGCUGCUAGGACGCAUUCACCAGCCUCUUCUGCCCCACAUCAAUGUCCAUAGACCUGUACAGAAACUCAUCCGUCUGUGUGGAGAGAUCCUGGCUGCUCCCACGGAGAACGAGGAGAUCCAGUUCCUCUGCAUUGUCUGUGCCAAACUAAAGCAGGACCCCUACCUCGUUAACUUCUUCCUGGAGAAUAAAGUGAAGAGGCCUGACUCAAAGAGGCCUGGUGUAGAGGGGGUUAGGGAGGACUUGGCUUCACCAGACACAGGUCAGCCCCAGGCAGAGGGACAGGCAGCUGAAUCACCUGAGGAGCCCAAGUCUGCUGCUGCCCAGUCCAACAACAACAACAACUACAACAUAGUCACGUCUCUCCUCAACCUCACCAAGAGUCCGGAUGGCAGGAUAGUGGUGAAGGCAUGCGAGGGCCUCAUGCUGCUGGUCAGUCUGCCUGAGCCGGCCGCGGCCAAGUGUCUGACGGAGAACACUGAGCUCUGUGAACUCUUGACUGACAGACUGUCAGCCUUCUACAAGGCUCUCCCCAUGUCCAUGGAUCCCCUGGACAUUGAGACAGUGGAGUCAGUCAACUGGGGACUGGAUGUGUAUAACAUGAAGGAUGAUGCUGCCAUCUUCACUGGGAAGCGAGCACUCAUCUCCUUCCUAUCUUGGCUCGAUUACUGCGACCAGCUCAUCAAAGAGGCUCAGAAGACGGCGGCUGCAGUGUUGGCUAAAGCAGUGAGAGAGAGGUUCUUUGUGGCGGUCAUGGAGCCCCAGCUGAUGCAGACGUCGGAGGUGGGCAUCCUGACCUCCACGGCGUUGCUUAACAGGAUCAUCCGCCAGGUGACCUCUGAGGCCUUGCUGCAGGACAUGGUCUACUUCCUCCUAGGGGAGGAGAAAGGACCAGAGACCCUAGCCAGCAUUGCCCAAAACCCCCUCCGACACAGACUCAUAGAGCACUGUGACCACCUGUCAGAUGAGAUCAGCAUCAUGACCCUGCGUCUGUUUGAGCAGCUGAUCCAGAAGCCCAACCAGCACAUCCUCCACAGUCUGAUGCUACGCAGCCUGGAGGAGAGGAACUACCUGGAGAACAAGCCCCAGGAGGAGAGGGAGCCCGUGGAGAACGGCCAGCCCCACGACUUCAUAGACCUUGAAGAGGACCCUCUGUUUGUCGACGACUUCUCUCCAGAGAACCGGUUGUCCAGCCCUGAUUGGUUGAGCAACUCCCCAACACACAGUCCUUACCACGCUAAGCCUGAUGGAAAGACCGAGGUCCACAAGAUCGUAAACAGUUUCCUGUGUUUGGUGCCUGAUGAAGCCAAAUCCUCAUCUCAUGUGGAGGGAACGGGUUAUGACACCUACCUAAGAGACGCACACAGACAGUUCAGGGACUAUUGUGGGAUCUGUCAGAGAUGGGACUGGCGCGACCCCAAGGCCAUGGAGAAGUGUGACCUGGACAGUCCCUUCUUCGAGGGCCACUUUCUCAAAGUCCUCUUCGACAGAAUGGGCCGUAUUUUGGAUCAGCCUUAUGAUGUGAACCUGCAUGUGACGUCAGUGCUGUCCAAGCUGUCUCUGUUACCCCACCCACACAUUCAUGAGUACCUGCUGGAUCCCUACAUCAACCUGGGCCCCGGCUGCAGGUCCCUCUUCUCCGUCAUCGUCAGGGUGGUUGGGGACCUCAUGUUGAGGAUUCAGCGCAUCCCAGACUUCACACCCAAACUCCUGCUGGUGAGAAAGAGACUGCUUGGCCUCGAACCAGAGGGUCUGAACAUUGACCACAUGACCCUGCUGGAGGGGGUGAUUGUACUGGAGGAGUUCUGCAAGGAGCUGGCUGCCAUUGCCUUUGUCAAGUUCCACGCGUCUGCCUCCACCUCCCCCUAAUCCAAUCGGCCAGACAGGCCAGGACUGGGGGGGUGCGGGCAGGGAGAGGACAGGAUCAACAAACGAUUGGUUGCUUUCCACUGGUCAUCCCUAAAAUCGAUUGUGCCCCAAAGACAUACUGUAAGCAGGAUAUGUUUCAUCAAAUGUCUUGGGACUACAGAUAAAGCAUUUUGCCCCAUGCCCUAACCAGAACAACAGUAAGGCUGGCAAUCCGGGGCGAGAGGCUUUCAGGGUGAGGAAGGGGAUGUGUGGAUGGAUGCGGUUGGAGAGGGGACAUUCUCAAGAUGGUUUGAGCUGGGCAAGGCCUGCAGAGUCCCUGCGUGCUCUCUCUCUCUCUCGCCUUUCUCUGUCUUUCUCGCCAACCUAAACAAAUAUGAUCACCCCUUCACUAUGUGUGUCAUAGGGAGAGAAAUGUUUUUUUCUGUAUGUGUGUAUUAAUUUAAUUUUUUUUCAUACUCUGCUGUUUGUAAGCGUCAAUGCCUUAGUGUUGGAUUAUUACGCCUUUUCAGUCACUCUUUCAGGAGGUUGUUUGUUUCCUAAACAUUUUAUCUUAAACCCACAUCUCUAAUAUAUUCUUCUUCUGUCAGAUUAUCAAUGUCAAAUCACAAAAAAUCUGUGGACAAGAUAGCCCCUCUAAUUAGCACCCAAAUUGCUUACCAAAAUCAGGUAGUUCACCCGAUUCGUUAAAAAGAAAAGUACAUACAAUACAAUGCAAAAUGUUCUUAUUUAACAAACAAAAAAAUGAUGAAGUUCACUGUAGUGUCUGAGAUAAUAAGAUAAUAGUCACGGUGUGGCGGAAGUGGAAAGUCCCUGUAUUUAUUUUCACAGUUUCUUUCAGGUUGCCUUUUUAACUGUCAGAUAUGCAUUUUUAAAGAAAGAAAACCAUUUUUAACCAAUAUAAUAGACAAGGAAAUGUCAAUGCAACUUAAUUUGCAGGAAAUGUGUCAAAUUUUGAAUUGUCCCUGACUAGUAAACUCCACUGUGGAGAUGUUCGUGUUAACAUUGCUCAGGCUACCUACCUAACCAUGUCAAUGGUUGUGUAUUUCUUAUUGUUUGCACCGUCAACCUCACUCGCAAUGGGAUAACAUUAUAGAGUAAUGUGACAUCACAUUUUGUAGAAUGUGGAUCCUGAAAAACAAACUGGAUUUGGACAUGGACUUCUAUGUACAUUUGCACUCGUUACAUAUAUCAGAAUCUUUGCUUUCUUUUCGGACCUUCGUCGGCUUUUGAGGAAAGUGACGCCGCAUUUCUUCUUCUUUUGCCUCUGUGACAAUGUUAUCGUUUAAUACAGUAGUCAUUAUUGCCGUUUCAAAAUGUACUCCGCUACAUUGUACACUUAUGUUGUCUUUUAAUUUGUACUAGUGUAGAGGCAUGGCCAUCUUUCAGCGAUCUGACACGGAACACAUUUUCUACGUGUUAUUCAUGACUUGUUUAUUUAUAGGAGGUCGUCUUAAUUUUGGGAUUGGGAGGUCCUCAAAGUGGUCCUAUUACAUAAAUAAUUCUGUCUUUGUUAGCUUACAUUGUGGCAUGUAGGCCUACAUGUAAAUGUAUGGGAACGCAGUACAUGAAUUUGAUAUGUUCCUUCGUAGUAAGCUACCAUUUUAUAAAUGCAAUUGUAUACACACAGUUUGUUUCCAUAAGAGGUAUUUCAUUUACCAAUAGUAUUGUUUUCCAGCAUGAUCUUUGAUGACGCAGAGGAAAGGACUCUGUCCUUAAUGUAAAAAAAUAUAUAUAAUGAUGGUGGACACUAUUGUGUGUGUGCUGUGUAGAUUAGAAGAUCGUGUAACCAGGGUUCGUUGCAAGUACCUGUUGGAGUAAUUUUGUGGAGGUUGGACACUUACACUUAGUAAUUUUAAUCGGUCUGAAUUAGGGAACUACAUGACAUAACCGGUGCCGGGGAUGUGUUGCUUGCCUGAACGCUUUGGGUUUGUACAUGGAUGGUGCCCAGUGUGUGUGGUUGUGUUAUAGGGGAUGAGUGUGUUGGUGUGUGUGUGAAUGCUUGCUGUAGUACGCAGAUUGGAUGAAUCUCCAUGAGGUCAGGAGUUUGAAAUACUCCACAUUAGCCGGGACACUGAACUUAGUGGCUGGAGCUGUUGUUCCUGUUAAGUUGACAUAGCAAGUUGGCUUCUGGUUGUCUACCCUAUACAGCACCUGGGGGAAUAUGUCACAAAAUAGGAUAAACUUGUUAGUCAGCUAACUUAUUUGAAUGUUCUGGAUAACUUUCUAGGAAGAUAUGGACAUCUGAUUGAUUCCACGAAUAACCCAUUUGACCGUUUUAGCUUUAUAAAUGAACCAGAUAAUCUGUUAUUUCAUUUUGAUUAAAGUUAAGCUGUCUACCUUGGUUUGGCCUACAUUGUAGUAUCCCCCUCUGGCCUAAUUAUGCAAACGUUUGCAUGAAAUCAGAUUUGCACAUGGUCUUCGUUCUUGUUCAUAUGUUGUACAUAUACCAAUACUAAAAAGCUUUUUUAGUUUUUGAUUUGUUUGUAUCAUGAACUCCAAAAAAAUAUUAAGAUGCACCUUUCAGGAGUGACUUGUCUACUUUAGUGGAUGACAAUUAUUAUUUUUUAUUCUUAAUCAUGCACAUUUUGUGAUCAACGUUUCCAACCUUUCUGUACCUGUGUAUAUAGGCUAUACGUGUACAAUAGUAAUAUUUGCCAGGUGUAAAUGCAUGCAUAUCAUUUAUUGUAAUUAUGAAAGCAGCAUCUCUCUCUCCUAGCCUAGUACCAGAUCUUGUUUGUGCCUUCUGGCCCACUUUUGUCACACUAACGACCAUAGGAGUUAGGAAGACUGCACAAACAGAUCAGUGACCAGGCUCCCUUCCCAUCCAUGAUGAUUUCUUAGCAGUCAGCACUUUGCUCCUCUUCUGAAGACACUGACAAGGAAAUACAAUGAUGCCUUACUUCACACCGUGACAUUAAUGGUUUCACUGCUUGGCUUGGGUUUGUUUGUCACACAUUGGAUGCUCUAUUUGUGAAAGGCAUACAUACGGGGGCUUGUAUUUCCUUGUCUGGGUGCAAGAGUCUAGUAUUCAAAAAAUCUGAUGCCAACUUAGUUUAUUUUCCUGUUCUGUGUCCGCUUAGACCAAUCACUGUAUAUCUUUGGUAAAACAUGUUUGCUGCAUUUAAUUGUUAACCUAAAACUGGGUGUGAAAUGGGUUACCUUUUUGGACUUUCUCUUGACCAGUAUGAUUUAUUCUGUGAUUAGUGCAAUGGUAUUUAAAUGUAAUAUUAAGUUGCAUGCUCAUUCCUCAUCAUCGCCUCUUGAUGCUUAUGAUCAGUGUCUCGAAAAUAACUAUCGCCGACAGGGUGGGUUCUUUUCUGCAGUUUCUCUCAUACACUCAGGGGCAUCAAGUUUUCAUUCUCAUCUGCCAUUUCUGGUUUAUGCGUGCUACUUUUCGGUGUGUGUGAGAAAUCAUACAGGACAUUAUGGCUUUGUUUAACAUCUUCCGUCCCCAAUAAAAAUACAGCUUUAUUCA